AUGUCAGUACUGAUUGAAGAAGUUAGAAAGCACAAUUCUAAAGCAGACUGCUGGGUGAUUAUCCACAACAAAGUCUAUGACGUGACUGAUUUCUUGAGUGAACAUCCUGGUGGUUCUGGGAUUAUCCUUAAGUAUGCCGGGAAGGAUGCUACAAAGGCCUUUGACCCUAUUCAUCCUUCUGACACUUUAACCAAAUAUCUACCUGGGUCAUGCUUCAAGGGCGAGGUUGAUCCUGAUAGUAUCAAGAAGCUAAAACAAAAAACUUCCACCUCAAAAAAGACUCCUCAAGCCACCAAAGAAGCAACAAAAGCAACACAAGCAACACAAGCAACACCGGUUGUUUCGGCUGACGAGCUGACAGUUGAUGAGUUUGAUGUAGAGUAUGAUGAGCAGGACAAUAAAAGGCCCAUGAAUUUUCCUAUUCCAGCAAAUUUGGCUGCUAAUGAAGAUGAGGACGGUGAAUAUGAUGACGAUGAAGAUGAUCCACCAGAUGCGUACGAAUUGAAUCGUCGUAAGUAUGCCAAAGCUAAACCCGAUAUUUCCCAAAUCUACAAUUUGAAUGACUUUGAGUUUGUAGCAAGGCACACAAUGGAGAAAACUGCUUGGGCAUACUAUUCCUCUGGUUGUGAUGAUGAAAUAACAUUAAGGGAAAACCAUUCAGCUUACCACCAUUAUUUUUUCAAUCCAAGGGUCUUAGUGGAUGUUUCAGCUAUUGACAUAUCCACCACAAUGCUUAAUGACAAUGUUAGUGCUCCCUUUUAUAUCACUGCUACAGCUUUAGGUCGUUUAGGACACCCUGAUGGGGAAAAGGUUCUCACCCGUUCGGCAGCAAAGCAGGAUAUCAUCCAAAUGAUUCCUACAUUAGCUUCGUGCUCAUUUGAUGAAAUUAUAGAUGAAGCAACUGAUAAACAAAUCCAAUGGUUUCAGUUGUAUGUCAACUCAGAUCGGGAAAUCUGCAAAUCAAUUGUCCAGCAUGCAGAAGCCAGAGGCAUAAAGGGAAUUUUUAUCACAGUGGAUGCACCCCAGCUUGGUAGAAGAGAGAAAGAUAUGAGGUCUAAGAACUUUGAAGACUUAAGUCACGUCCAAGACACCGACGAUGAUUCUAUUGAUCGUUCCCAAGGGGCUGCUAGAGCUAUUUCCUCGUUCAUCGACACCCUGUUAAAUUGGGAAGAUAUAAAGUGGUUCAGGAGUAUUACAAAGUUGCCCAUUAUUUUGAAAGGUAUUCAAACUGUUGGAGAUAGCUUGAAGGCUAUAGACUACGGAGUGGAUGGUAUUGUUUUAUCCAAUCAUGGGGGACGGCAACUUGAAUUCUCCAGACCUCCAAUUGAUGUUCUUGCAGAACUUCAUUAUAUAUUAAAGGCCAAGAAAUUGGAGAACAAGUUAGAGAUUUAUAUCGAUGGGGGUAUAAGAAGAGCUACCGAUAUCUUGAAAGCUCUUUGCCUUGGUGCAAAAGGAGUUGGAAUUGGAAGGCCUUUUCUUUAUGCCAUGUCCACUUACGGCGAUGACGGAGUUUACAAGGCCAUUCAAAUAUUGAAGGAUGAGAUGAUCAUGAAUAUGAGAUUACUUGGGGUCAGUCGUAUUGAAGACUUAAAUGAUCUGUUUAUCGAUACCCGGUUUCAAAAUCGACUGAUGCCGAAUGACAGAUUAUUUGAAAGCGUGUACGAACCAUUGGAAUCACCUCCUUUCAAGUUGUAA